AUGCUGUCAGUGGACCUCAGUCUUGCAUUUGAUCGAGUUGGUCAUCAGUACCUGAACGAUGCGUUACGCUUUCUUGGCGUUGAGCCAGAUACCAUUGCACUCAUCAUCCUUUCCAUACACCGUGCCAAGUAUCAUGUGCAACAUGGGCAACAGGCCUCCAACUUUAACAUAUGUAAUGGUAUCCGACAAGGAUGUACUUUGUCCCCAUUGCUAUGGGUUUGCCUUACGCACUACAUGAUGCACAGAUUCGAAUUAAAGGCCGGCCGCGAAGCCAGAGAAAGCUUGAUUCUUUUCGCAGACGAUUUUCUUGCCAAGUUCAUUUUGCAUGACAUGCAGGAUGUGCACGCCUUGACCAUGCAUGUACGUGCGCUUUUUGAAACUCUUGAGGAGGCUAAUAUGACUGCAAAUCCGGAGAAAUCUAAGCUGCACAUCAAAGCUGUUGGCGUACCAAUGAAGAAGUGGCUGCGUGCUAGGACUGUCACGCACAAAGGCGCGAAAUGCUUGAUCAUCCGAACGCCCUUCACUGCAUUGUUCUUGCCGCUGUGCGACAGUCUCACAUACCUCGGAGCCGUUGUCUCCUAUGGUGCGUAUGAGGACCAGACUGCUGAGCAUCGUGUUCGCUCUGCUCAGGCCAACGUUGCUAGAUUAGCUAAACAUCUCUUCACACAGCACGGUAUCAGUCUGCGAGUGCGCUUGAGACUCUUUUUGACGUGUGUGCGCUCCUCGCUCCUGUAUGGUAUCACUUCUGUAGGCACCACCUCGAAAAGCCUCAGCGUUUUGCAGCGAUUUGAAGCCAAGCACGUCCGCAGGCUUGCCAGGUCACCGGUGCACAUGACUUUGGAGCUUACGCAGGACUUGUAUCAGCGUCUCCAGAUCCCCACCCUGCAUGAGGCUUUGAAGUCUAGGGCCACCAACAGCCUGGAGUCCUGUGAGAAGCCCUUUCUCUACCCCGGCAGGCACACUGUCACAGCUUGGUUGCAUCAAAAACUACACGAUCUUACAGAGUGCAUUCAGCUUACUCAGACUUCGCUGGCGAAGGUAACGCCAGACGGUACCAGGACCGAUGGUGUCCCCUGUCCGGUAUGUGGGAUUUACUUUAACGAUCAGCAUGCAAUGCGUGCGCACGCCACACAGAGGCAUGCCAUGAUCUUUACUACCCAGCUCACCACGGACGCUGGACGCAACAUAGACCCUAGGUCUCGGAUGACGGAGCCCACCCAGGCGGAGCUGGAGAUCGCAGCUCAGUUCGCGAGCGCCAUGCCGGCACUAGCGGCAGCCAAGUCAGCUCGCAGGGCGGAUUCGGAUGCACCAGCGGAACGCUCGAAGCUCAUGCUGAAGCACGAGGACAUCCUAGCAGCUUAUCAAGCCGUCACUCAGACAUGGCAGACGAAGAAGCGCGACAGCCCGGAGUCCUUGACACAGAGCCUUCGAGUCACGCUGCUGACGGCGCUCUUCAUGGAGCUGCGCGAGCGCAUGAACAUGGCUCUCAAGGAGGACAAGCGCGCGACCCUCUCCAAGCACUCAUGGCUCAGCGAGUCCGAUCCGGCAACCUGGAGCUAUCAGAAAUGGGACCCGGCCACAGAAACCGUGGUCGUGGACGCGGGAAAGGUCGGCCUCCAGCACAAGGACGCGCUGCACAUCAUUCAGCGAGUGCUGCAGUUGAUUCCCGAGACAAUCCUCAUUCAGAAGUUCCACUCUACAAGGCCUCAGGCAGCGGAAUACAAGAGCAACGUGUUGCCCUUCAUGUUGAUGGUCAGCAAUCGAGGACCUCUGGCACAGGAGCUGUACGAACUCUUUCAGAAGCUCUCAGACCUCAGCGCGAUGAGGCUGAUCGGAUCGCGCAUUCGCCCGCAUCGUCAGCGCCGCCAACCUCUGGCGGUGACCUUGGAACAGCUGACAUCAGGACUGUUGCAGGCAGCCAGUCAGAGCAACAGGAAGGACGAGGACCUUUGA